CCACUGCCACUGCCACUCAACCACCACCCCACCCACGGGCUUCGCUAUACCCACCCCCGCACCGACGCCACUACCUAACUCCCGCCACGAACCAUAACCCUAGUCCUGAACCGCAUUCAUUCACGCGCAUCCGAACCCAUGGACGCCGCCGGAUCGGCGGAGCGCCGCCCCGGGCCUCCGCCGCCGCCGCCGCGGAAGGCCGCCCCCGGUCAGCCAUGGUCCCACAUCGAGACUGCCCACCUGAUCGACUCCUACGAGGAGCGAUGGUACGCCUUGAAGCGCGGCCAGCUCAAGGCACAUCAGUGGGAGGAUGUUGCCGCCACCGUCGCGGCCCGCUGCGGCCUCGACGAGCCCUCCAAGACCGGCACCCAGUGCCGCCACAAGAUCGAGAAGCUCCGCAAACGGUACCGCGCCGAGCGUCUCCGCCCCGUGCCCUCCGCCUGGCCCUUCUUCGGCCGCAUGGACCGCAUGGAGCGCGGGCCCCUUCCCCUCUCCAUCCGACCCCCGGGUCGCCCGCCUCCCUCCUCCGCCCUCUCCACCGACGAGGACGACGCCGACGAAGCCGACGACAACGACGACGAGGGCGAAAGGGCGGGGAGCAACACUCGGAGCAUCAACGGGAUCCUUCGGGAGCCCAAUUGGGGGCCAUCUAAAGUUCGCAGGAAUCACGUCCUCCCCAAAAGGAGAAAUUUUGAGGUGGAGGAAGGGGACUCCGAGCAGGAAGAAUCGGAGGGGGAGGGCGCAAGCGGUGUGGAGGCCAUGUCGCAGCUGGCGGCAGCUGUGAGGGGGUUCAGCGACACCUUGGUGCGGAUGGAGAAGAGGAGGAUGGAGCUGAUGAGGGAGAUGGAGAGAGAUUGGAUGGAGAUGGAGACGAAGAGGGCCGAGAUGUUGAGGGAGUCGCAGCGGUGCCUCUUGGACAUGAUCGCCGACGCUUUCCCUUCAUCCAAGAAGGCCAAGAAGUCUGGGAAUUUAUAAGCUACUGCCGCAAAAGGUCAUGCAACCUCAUGCUCUUGUCCUUUGUUCUUUCUUACCACUCUAUUAACAACCACCAUAUCUCAGAUGAUGAUAUGUAAUUUAGUGGGCCUUUCCCUCUCUAUUUAUUUAUUUUUAUGCCCAUUUAAUUGCUUUCAUUUUUCUCCUACGCACAUCUGUAGGUGGGAACUGCAAGGAUCGGGUAACAGUAUGCUGUUGUUGAAUAUAAAGAUCAUAAGUUUUAGCAUCUUAAAAGUCAA